AUGGGCAUACCACUGCUUCCCGACGAGCUGAUGCUCAUGCUGAAAGAGCAGUGGCCAUGUCGAGAAACACAAAUCACGCAGCUAGCCGGUCUUCUCUCGCCCACACGCAGCAGCCCUUCGACUCUCACGAUCUACGGACCACAUGCGACAGGCAAGAGUGAUGUCUUGCGCUCGUACCUUGAUGCUGCGAAGCUUCCGCAUGCGAUCGUGCGGUGCCGGGAGUGCGUGACUGGGCGACAUCUACUUGAGAGGACGACGGCUGCUGUACAUCGGAGUGUGCAACAAGAAGACGACGAAGAUGCGCUGAAUUAUGACGGGAGAUGCGAGAACAUCAGCGCGCUCGUUGUGCACCUACAGCGGCUGCUAGAGAAGCGGGAGAAGUUCGUCCUAGUCUUCGACGGAGUGGACAAGCAGAGGGAUGCUCCGCCGACACUUCUGCCUGCUCUGGCGAGGUUGGGGGAGUUUAUACCCAACCUCACAACCAUCCUGAUUGUCCAACACCCACCACCCCGCUUUCUCCACCACGCCGGCAUCCCUCACAUCCAAUUCCCCUCCUAUACCCGCGCGCAAUCGAUCCACAUCCUCUCGCAAAAGCCACCCGACAUCUUUGUCGAAGCACCCCCGGCCGAGCUGGACUACGACGACGAAACACACCAAGAAGACAAAGCAUGGCUGUGGCCGCGAUUCUGCGCUGCGGUAUGGGAUUCGUUGGGCGAGAGCGUUGCUCGCGAUCUCGUCAGCUUUCGGGAUGUGUGUUACAAGCUGUGGCAGCCGUUCGUGGUGCCGAUUGUGAAAGGCGACUUUGGUACAAGGGACUUCAGCCGGCUGCUUGUGAAUCAGAGGAAGCUGUUCCAGGAUGAGAGCGUGCUUCUUGAUAGCAUCAUUGCUCCGGUCAAGGCAGGGCCGAAUGCGCCUCCGUCUUCAACCACUACGCACGAGUUGCCGUACUAUGCGAAGUGGUUGCUCAUAGCUGCAUAUCUGGCGUCUUACAACCCGCCGCGACUGGAUGCGCUCUACUUCAUGAAGUCCACCGAGCGCAAACGGCGGAAGAAGGGCGGCGGUACUGCUCGCUCUGGCGGCCGACUGAGCCAGAAGCGCAGUGUUCCGAGACAUCUGCUGGCGCCUUCAGCGUUUACGCUGGACCGAGUGCUGGCGAUCCUGCAUGCGAUCCUGCCGCAUGAUCUGAGGACUACGAUCGACAUCUAUGCGCAGAUUGCCACACUUUCGGGACUCAAGCUGCUGGUGCGAUCAGGAGGCAUCGGAAGUGCCGACCCCUUGGAGCCGGGCAGCAAGUGGAAAGUCGGAAGCGUAGUGAGGUGGGAGAACGUGCAGGGUCUGGCACGGAGCUUGAAGUUCGAUGUCGUCGACUACGUGGCAGAAUGA